AUGUCGGUCAGCUUCUCAGCGCCAGACCUACAGCCCACCUACCAGGCCAUCAUCAAUGGCUCGGCAGACUAUGACUGGGCCAUCUUCAACCAGUCCGGCAACGAGCUCAAGGUCCAGGCCACCGGCGAGGGCCUCGAGGACUUCUCUGACGAGUUCAUGGACGGCCGCAUCCAGUACGGCUUUGCGCGCGUCAAGGACCCGAGUCGCUCGCUGGACCGUUUCGUCCUCAUCGCAUGGUGCGGAGAGGGUGUGCCCGAGUCGAGGAAGGGCCUGUUCCACAUCCACCUCGCGCAGGUGCAGAGCAAGCUCAUCAAGAACGCGACGCUCGUUAUCCAGGCCCGCUCGGACCUCGACGUGACGCCCGAGCACAUCAACAAGCGCAUCCAGGAGUCGAGCGGCUCUAAGUACUCGUCCUCGGCACCGGUGCCCGCGCGUCCGGCGGUUUCCAAGCCGGCACCCAUGCCGUCGUACCGCCCCAGUCAGGGCCUCGGCGGUUCCCAGGGCAAGCCUGCUGCGUUCGGCGCUGCGAACCGCGCUGUGCCGCCUCCUCCCGCACCUGGUCCUCCUCCUAUUCCAACCGCUGCGAGACCCACUUUCGGUGGUGUGCCGCCCCGUGCGCCUUCUCCCGCCAAGGCCCCUUCGCCGCCUAGGGCGCCCUCCCCACCCCCUGCGCCUGUCGCUGCGCCUCCUCCUCCCGCUCGCCCUGUGAGCGCGUCAACUCCCAGCGUCCAGGAGCCUCCGAAGCCUGCAGCGGACGACCGCAUCGCGCCCGUCGGUACCAACUACGAGCCCGUGCGUCUUGCCAAGCCCGGCAAGCUUGGCAGCCGCUGGAACCCUGGCGCCGCGUCGGCUGCCAACGAUGACGAGCCGUCCUCGACCGGCCCAAGCCUCAAGAGCCGCAUGGCCGCCUUCCAGAGUGGCGGUGCUGCUCCUGCCGCACCUAUCCAGCAGCAGCGCAGCGGCCAGAAGCUUACCUGGUCGCAGCGCCAGGCCGAGGCCAAGCGCCAGCGCGAGGAGGAGGAGGCGCGCAGCUCGGCUGCCAUCGCUGGCGCGGCGGCCAGAGGACCCCGCGGGAGCUUCGGUACCUCGAACGCACCGGCGCGUGCCAGCUUCGGCUCUGCGGGCUCGCCCCGGCCCUCGUUCGAGGCGCGCGCGGCCUCGCCCCCUCCCGCUCCGGCGCCGCCUCCUCCUCCCGCGCGCGCCCCUUCUCCGCCGCCUGCGGCGCCUGUCCAGCCUCCCAUGCCGGAGUCCCGCCCUACUCCUGCUGCGCCGAGGCAGGUUCCCCCGCGCCCUGCCGAUUCGGACGAAGAGGAGGAGGAGGGCGACGACUGGGGAGCGCCCCGUCCCCCGCCUGUCAGCUCGUUCCGUCCCCCGCCUCAGGCCGCGUCGCCAGCCCCGCCCCCUCCCCCUCCGCCCCCUCCUCCCCCUCCUCCCCCUCCGGCCGCCGAUCCCGUUGCUGAGAUCACUCGCCUUAAGGAGGACCUGACGCUGCACGACACGCCGCCCCCUCCUCUGCCCCCUGUCCCAGGCCCGCCUCCCGUUCCCCAGACCUCGCGGCCGAGUAUGGGUGUCGCGGCUGGGAUUGGCGCCGCUGCCAUUGGUGGUGCUGCUGCUGCUGGUGUUGCUGCGUCAUCGGCGGCACCUCCGCCUCCUCCCCCGCCUCCCCCGCCUCCUCCUCCCGCGCCGGCCGCUCCCGAGCCAGAGCCGGAGGGGACGACCGCACACGCGGUUUACGACUACGAGGCGCAGGAGGACGGCGAAAUCGGCUUUGCCGAGGGCGAGCUCAUCACGGGCAUCGACCAGGUCGACGAGGGCUGGUGGUCGGGCACGAACGCAGCCGGCGAGUCGGGUCUCUUCCCGAGCAACUACUGCGAGCUGGUUGAGGGUGAGGGUGUGUACGAGACGCACCACGAGCCAGAGCCAGAGCCCGAGCCCGAGCCCGUUGCGCCGCCUCCGCCUCCGCCUCCUCCCCCUCCACCUCCUCCCCCUCCUCCCCCCGCCGCCGCUCCUGCACAGGAGGAGGAGCACAUGGUCGCGGCGUACGACUACGCUGCCGCCGAGGAUGGUGAGCUGUCGUUCGCUGAGGGCGACAAGGUCACGAACAUCGACCGCGUGGACGAGAACUGGUGGGAGGGCGAGGCGAAUGGCCAGCGCGGCCUGUUCCCGAGCGCGUACGUCAUGGCCCCCGAGGAGUAUGCGCAGCAGCUCGCCGAGUAUGAAGAGUAG